AAAGCUGGGAGAAAUGACAGAAGUUACUACCGAGUUGUAAAGAGCACUUUUCAGAACUUGCGGUUCCUUGAUGCUUCUCAAGUCAAUGCGAGGGUGAAUUGCUCAACGAAAGAAGAUAAUCAAUUUGGCACAUGAACAUCUAAGGCCAAAAUUGAGUCGCCCAAAAGGUAGCUGUUAGAAAACUGAUUAGUACUGCAAAUGAAAUGCCUCGCUCAGGAAAUCAUGGUCUCCAGAUACUGAGGAGAACAAAUGGUGGUAUUGAGAAUAUACCGAAAAUCAGAGCUGGAUCAAACUGGCAGCUGAUACUCAGACAAGCAUGCAAUCUUAUGAUCCCAAAUAUGUCUAGACUGAGACCCUGAUGCCCAUCCGAAUUGAAGGGAAGCAUAAAGACGAAGGGUGAGAGAGAGGGAUCGAGGUCCGCCCAACAUCACGUGCAUCUGGAGAAUUUCAUGGAUCUAAGUCCUUGGGGCAAGGAGAGAAAAGCUCAAACAGUAACAUCUGAGCUCAGGCAGAGGUGGAAUCAUCUGUAUCAAACAGUGCAAGAUCAUGUGCCACACCUUGCGAUGAAUGAUGUAAUUUGGCACUGCUCUGCAGCGUACUCGUGGAAUCUGGAAAAGCUACGCGUCUACCAGACACCACAGAUCAGAAACUUAACAUGCGUGCCUCGCUUCUAUGUCCUGCCUGUCCAUUUCCAUGCAUAUUGCUGUCAGUUCGGAUCACCGAUCUAAGAACCGGAUUGCUAAUCGGGAAACUCUGGGUAGGUAGUGAGGCUGGUGGAUUGCUAGCCACUGCCGGAUCUGUAUCGUCGUCGGGUAACUCGAUGAUGCGUGGUCAAUGGAUGCCGGUGGAGCGAGCAUUCCGAUACAUGAGUAGGAAUAUAUGGAGGCUGGUUCUCAAGUUCUUGCUCUUUCUCUUCGCGUUGCUGCUCAGUGUGACUAUGGGGGUGGCUCGGCGGGCUCGAGCCAGAGUGGUCAGCUACCGAAUGCAGUUACGAGAGCUUCGACAGCGGCAGACCACGGAGGCGAACGACCGCGACCGAGCGCAACGAGAGAGGGUCGAGUCGACGAGGCGCCGCAAAGAUUGCGCCGUGUGCUUGAAACCUGCCAAGUACCGAUGCGCUCGAUGCGAGGUUCCCCGAUUCUGCUCGAAAUCAUGUCGAUUCCAGCACUGGAGACAGAGUCACCGACGCGGAGGUCGGGCUGGAGCCUCGUCGUCCUCCGCACGCGGAGAUACCGAAUGACGACGACGGUGUAUCGUAACUUCACGAUCUAGAAUAUAGAUCUGCCGUAGCCCGUAAUCACCACAGGGGUCGACGCCAUUCCGGCAAUUCAACCGAGAUCUGACAGCAGUCACGACAGACUUGUCGAUCGGCUAGUCCGGAACUGAAAUCUGGAGUGCUCGAGGAUGCGGCCCACAAGGCUAGGCUUGCAGCGUUUUCCGUCUAGAAGCAAACUACUGAAAUUUUUUAAGGUUUAAUCAGAGGGGACCGAACAAAUGUUGUUGUAGCACAGUUAAAAGAAUUGGAAGGAGAAGGGGGAGGGGGAGAGGGAGGAGGGGACUCUAUAACAGGUAAGUUCGCGGGGGUCAUUUGCACGAGACAAGCAGAGGAAUGAUGAUUCGAGGCCCAAAUGUAGGAGCAGCACCACCUCGGGUCAUCGGAAUUUGCAAAUGCACUAACUUCUAAUCAAUGACAUGCCAAUCAAUGCAGCGGACGAGAAAGCAUGCCGUCUCGUUCCGAUCACUGAGAUGGUUUUUGUACAUUCCGGAUUUCUGUGGUCCAUCGCAGUUGGAUAAAAGUCAAUCUGGUCCGAUCUCUGCCACAUGAAUAUUUCUUGAGACUUGUGUACGAGUUGGAAUGGUCAGGCUGGAAUACGAGCGACCACACGUCCUGCCAAACUCGUCGUAUGAGCAAGUUAUUUGUAUUGCGCACACAUGUGCAUGACAUGACGGGAGGUCAGUGAGCAUCGGCGGUGCGAAAUUCUAUUUCGUAAUCAUUUGAAUCCACAUGACCAGGGCAUGCGAUAACCUCAAUUGGACAAGUUCUAUUCUGGCCACAUCUCCCGCCCAACGUGACAUGUCACAUGCGAUGGAUUUUAGGGUUCUGGGUGUAGGGACUGAAACGACCGAUCGUCGAGGCUCCUGCACCUUCCAACUCUGACGUCCUGCUCGUGCAAUGAUCA